CAAGCAAGGACGCUACAAAAAGUUUCGGCAAGUUAGACACUUCUGAUUUCUAUUCACUCGCCGUGAAAAGAGCUCGUUAGGCUGGAGUAAACGCCAAGUGUAUUUACAGACCACACACAUAUGAUUGCACCUUCAAUUAUCCAAAAAUAAGUUCGUUACCUAUCGUGAUACGUCUAACAUUAGCUAGCCUAGCUAGUAAGCUGCAUCAACGUCCUGCUCCAUAAUCAGCUGUGGUCUGCCCCGUUUUACUUUAAGUCUAGUUUUAGUCUUAGUCUACGAUAAUAGACGUUAUCUAGCCUACUAGCAGUGUAGUUUGAGAUGAUUCACUUACUAAAAUAUAUAUAGUAAAACAGCUUUCUACCCAGGCCAUGACAAACAAGGUUGUCUGAGAAGAACAGGCCAGUGGGUCACCUGUAGGUCACCUUGUCAGUGGCCCAGAGAGCACCCAGAAGGAGCACCUGCAUAUCCACAAUGAACGUCAACAGUAGCCAGGCCACACGCCUCAAGGCUGAACCAGAUGAUGUCUGGAAUAAAGAGGACUGUCUGACAUUGCUGGAGAGGAUUCGUAGCCUGCUGCCUGAUGGAGACGGAAUGAAGUACAAGACCACUGAGUCGCACUUUGACUGGGACAAGGUCUGCUUCGGCUCCUUCACUGGUGACAUGUGCAAGCAGAAAUGGCAGAAGGUCUCCAAUGAGGUGCGGAAAUAUAGGACCAUGACCGAACUUAUCAUUGAUGCCACCGAGUGUGUGAAGAAUCCUUAUAAAGGCAAAAAGUUGAAGACACACCCAGACUUUCCGAAGAAGCCUCUAACUCCAUACUUCCGCUUCUUCAUGGAGAAGCGAGCCAAGUAUGCAAAGAUCCACCCAGAGAUGAGCAACCUAGACCUCACCAAAAUCCUCUCCAAGAAAUACAAGGAGCUCACAGAAAAGAAGAAGCUCAAGUACAUCCAGGAGUUUCACCACGAGAAGGAAUCAUUUGAGAAAAAUAUGGCACGUUUCAAAGAGCAACACCCAGAGCUGAUUGAGGAAAGAAAGAAGUCUGACCUCCCAGAGAAGCCCAAGACCCCCCAGCAGUUGUGGUACAACCAUGAGAAAAAGGCCUACAUGAAGCUACACCCAGACGUGGGGCAAAAAGAACUGAAGGAGGCUCUGCGCAGACAGUGGUCCCAACUCUCUGACAAGAAACGGCUGAAAUGGAUCAGCAAGGCCCUGGAGUUGCAGAAGGCCUAUGAGGACAGCAUGAGGGCGUACCACAAGGCCCACCCUGACUCCAGCGCAGACGAACACGUGAAGUCAGUCCUGACGAAGGCCGAGCGGCAGCUGAAGGACAAGUUUGAUGGGCGGCCCACCAAGCCUCCUCCGAAUGGCUACUCACUGUACUGCGCAGAGCUUAUGGUGAACAUGAAGGACGUACCCAGCACGGAACGCAUGGUGCUGUGCAGCAAACAGUGGAAGAUGAUGACGCAGAAGGAGAAGGACAUGUUACAGAAGCGUUGCGAGCAGAAAAAGAAGCAGUAUGAGGUGGACCUGCAGCGGUUUCUGGAGAGUCUACCAGAAGAGGAGCGAGACAGAGUGCUGACGGAGGAGAAGCUUGGGGGGACCCGGCUUAACAUGGGGGCAGCAGGCACCCCACUCAGGGCCAAGUCUCCUUCGAGCAAGGAGCGCGCUCGCGACGCUGAUCUGGACCAGUGGGUCCACGGCCUGGCCAAAAAGAUGCGUGACGGGAGGAAGCGGACGCGGCUGCCCGAGACGCCCAAAACAGCAGAGGAGAUGUGGCAGCAAAGCGUCAUCGGAGACUACCUCGCCAAGUACAGGAAUGAUCGUAAAAAAGCACAGAACGCCAUGGUGUCGGCAUGGAAGUCCAUGGAUAAGAAGGAGAAGAUCCCUUGGAUAAAGAAGGCUGCAGAGGACCAGAAGAGAUACGAGGUUCAGUACAGCACAGUGAAGGAGGUCCUGGACACAAGGACGCCGCAGUCAGGCCAGAGCAAAGGGAAAGCCAAGUUUGACGGGGAACCCAAGAAGCCCCCUGUGAGCGGCUACCAGAUGUUCUCCCAGGAGCUGCUGACAAACGGCGAGCUGAACCACUUCAGCCUGAAAGAGCGCAUGGUGGAGAUCGGCAAGCGCUGGCACAAGCUGAGCCAGAACCAGAAAGACAAGUACAAGAAGGUUGUGGAGGAGCAACAGAUUGAGUACAAGGCUGAGCUGGAGGCCUGGGUCAAGUCCCUUUCUCCUCACGAGCGAGCCGUUUACAAAGAGGUCUCCAGCACGAAACGGCGCAGCACAGCCAAGGCGCAAGGCCCCAGGGCGAAGGUUCGAAUUAUGAAGGGGAAGGCGGUAGGUGCCACAGCCGGAGGACUGGGGGCCGGGGGGGGCAGACGAGCGAUGGCAUACCGGGCCAAGCAGGACACCUCGGAUUCGGAUGAUGACGAAGAGAAGACUGACUCUUCUGACUCUGAGGAAGAGGAUGAGGAAGAAUCAUCGGGCAGCUCAGACAGUGAUGAUGACGAUGAUGACGACGAAAAUGACGAUGACGAUGAUGAAGAUGACGACGACGAUGAUGACCAGUCAGAUCCUACUAGUAGCUCAACAGGUGACAGCAGCGAAACGGACUCGGACUAGUUGCAUCUACUAUGGAGACUGGGCUGUGCAGGACACGCCCCCACUAAUACCACUCAAAGAAAAGCUAACUCACCCUCCUGGAUGAGAGGGUGGGGCUUAGUGGGAUUGAAGAUUACCUCACAUUGCCAGUCUGCUGGUUCACUCCCUGUCAGGGAAAGACAAUAACUGGAACUAGACUUUGGAGCAACUGGACAACUUUUUUUUUUUUUUUUAAUGGAGCCAUGUUACUUGUGUGUUAUUUUUAUUGCAUUUCUAUAGGCGCACAACCAUGUUGCCCAUUCUGUUAAGUUUUAACAUGAAACCAUUGACGCUUUGGAGUCCCUUUGUUUGGCACACGUUUUGGUUUGUGCCAAGGUGUCGGCAGGGAAGGGCCAGGUCCAUUCAAUUUCAGUUUGCCUGUCCGUUUGUCAGUCAGUCAGCCCGUCUGCCUGUCCACCCCCUGCCGCUGUAUAUAGUGAGAAAGGACUUGUUUUUACUAUGCCCUUGCCUGGACACCGAGACACAUUUCAGGUUAAAUUCCAAAUAAAUGCACUUUUACUCUUGUA